UUUCAGCCAUAACCAAAAAAGCUUUUGCUUUCUUGUGAAGCUACUUUUUUUUUGCCUUUGCUUUUGGUUUCCAUUAAAGACCCCAUUUGAUGACCUGUUGCUUCUCACGGAAAAGAAAACCCAAAAAAGUUCCAUUUUUUUUACCUUAUAUAAGCCUUUUCUAUCAUUCUUCUCUUCAGCUAUACGGUAAUUAUGAUACCAUUCUUUGUAUUCUUUUUUCUUCUUCUGCAGAAUAGUUUCGCCAUUUUAGACCCAAUUGAUUUCUUAGCUUUACAAGCGAUUCGAAAAGGCUUGGAUGAUUUGCCCGGUUCCAACUAUUUUGCUUCCUGGGAUUUCACUUCUGAGCCGUGUAACUUCGCCGGAGUUUACUGCGAUGGAGAUAAAGUGAUCGCCUUGAAUCUCGGUGAUCCCAGAGCUGGAUCACCGGGUUUGACCGGAAACUUGGAUCCUUCUAUUGGGAAACUCUCUGCUCUUGCUGAGUUCACGGUGGUUCCGGGUCGGAUAACCGGUGCAUUGCCGGAAAGUUUUUCUCAGUUGAAGAACCUGAGAUUUCUAGGAGUUAGCCGGAACUUUCUCUCCGGUGAUAUUCCGGCGUCAUUAGGCCUGCUCCGGGAGCUACAAACUCUUGAUCUUAGUUUCAAUCAGCUGACUGGGAGUAUCCCUUGGGCAAUUGGAGCUCUUCCGGCAUUGUCCAACAUUAUACUCUGUCACAACCAUUUGUCCGGUUCGAUCCCACCAUUCGUAUCCCAAAGAUUGACCCGUUUAGACCUUAAACACAACUCACUUUCAGGUACCCUUUUGCCUAAUUCACUUCCUUCAUCGCUUCAAUACUUGUCAUUGUCAUGGAACCAGUUAACCGGUCCAGUAGAUUAUCAGUUGAGUCGGCUGAACCAGUUGAAUUACCUCGAUCUUAGCUUGAACCGGUUCACCGGCUGCAUUCCGGGAAUCUUAUUUACUUUCCCACUCACAAAUCUUCAGCUACAAAGGAAUCUAUUUUCGGGUCCGGUUUUACCCAUUUCAGAGGUGACAAUUCCGACGGUGGACAUUAGCUUUAACAGGUUUUUCGGUGAGAUAUCUCCAUUGUUGUGUAAUGUGGAAAAUUUGUAUCUGAACAACAACCGGUUCACGGGUAAGGUGCCGGCGGUGUUGGUGGACCGAUUAUUAUCUGCCGGAAUACAAGUUUUAUAUUUACAGCAUAAUUUUCUGACGGGGAUAGAGAUAAAUCCGAGGGUGGAAAUUCCGGUGAGCAGUUCAUUGUGUUUGCAGUAUAAUUGCAUGAUUCCGCCGGUUGAGACGGCUUGUCCGUUGAAAGCCGGGAAGCAGAAGAGUAGGCCUACAAAUCAGUGUGUGGAGUGGAAGGGGCAAAAGAGUGAAAAAACAAACAAUAAUAAUAUUACUACUAUUAUGGCUUAAUUUUUCUAGAUUCUUUCAUUUCAUUUUCCUUCCU